AUGCCUUUUACUGUCCUGCGUUGCCCACCUCCCUUGAACCACCGGCUUCUCCCUUGCCGUUUAUCCUUCCUCGUUUUCUCCUCCCCUCCUCCCCCCUCCUUGCAGCUCAUGCCGCCCGCCCUCCCCCCGCCCCACACCUCGCUCGCCUCGCUGCUGCCACCGCUGCCCUCGCCCUCGUGUGCCCCACCCACCCCGAGAACACGCGUUACUGCUUCAGCAGGGAACAAGCCCAGAGGGCCUGGCGCUGCAAGUGUGAGCUUCAAGGGCCACGUGGCAUUGUGCCUGUGCCAGCAGGCCCAGCAGCGUGCCACGUCUGCUCCCAUGAGUCAGCUGCGCUGCCAGGCUGGCACGGGUUAUGCGGGGGAGGGGCAGGGAGACAGUGGCGGAGGAGGGGGAGGAGGAAGCGAUCACUGGGGUGCGGCAGCUGCUCAGGAUGCUCGCGGUGCUGGUAGUGCUGUUAGUGGUGCUGCUGCUGCUGCUGGUGCAUGGCGUGAGCGCAGGGGUGCAGGCGAUGCGAGUGUGGGAGGUGCAGGGAGAGACGAGCAUGUGGCGCGAGCAGCAAUGCUUGCCGCAGACGACGACCUUCUUCGGAAGCAGGCACAGCCCUUCCUUGCAGUCAUCCCCACCAGCAGCACUACUCUCAACAGCUCCGCACCGUUUGCAGCCACUGCUACUGGCACUGCUGCAGCUUCUCCUGCCGUCGGUGCUUCCCUUGCACCUGCCAUUCAGCCUGGCACUGCCAUCACCAUCCGUCCCCCCUGGUACCACCUCCCCUUGGUACUGCCUCCCCCAUGGGGCCCCACCCACGCUGUCUUUGCCACUCACGCUGCUGCUCACACUGCUCAAGCUGCUCCCGUGGGCGGCACGCAAGGCGCUGAGGUGGCACCCGGUGGGCUGGCAGCAGGCGGCGGAGCAACACCUCACAAGGGACUACCCGUGGACAUGGGAGUGGAGGUGGCAGCAGCAUGGGGAAACAUGGGCUCGGAUGGAGGAGACGACCCGUCCUCCCCGCGCGCUGACGGCGGCGCGGCGGGCAAGCGUGCACAGGCGCACAGGGCGGCGCACUACCCGCACCGAGGGAAGGCUGCCCCGGCAAACCUGGCGUGGAAUGCGGCGGUCCUUGCGCUGGUGCUAGCUGCGGGAUGCGCGGCGGCGGUGAUCGUCGUGCUGACGUGGGGCGACGCGCUCUUCGGCUCCUCCGAGAAGCAGCGCCACCUCACGCCGCUCAACGCCCCGCGCGUGGCGGAUCUUCCCAUGGUGCGGGCGGUCGGAGGGGGUUGGGAUGGUUAUCCCGGCAACGCAGUGCAUGGCAAGCACGGGCAAGUGGCAUGCGAGGAUCAGGAGCGGCGCAAGGCGUUGAAGUCAUGCCUCCCCAAGGCCGUCGCUGCUCCUCGCGCCCACGACCGUGCGAAGCGUUUCACAUGUGUGUGCAUGGAUGCACGGGUGACGGGUGUACAGUUCAAGGGCGGGUAUGCGGAGGAGAUGCUGUGGGGAACUUACCGCCCGCAACUCUACCUCGGCAUUCGCCCACGCGGAAGAGGGGGCGGCACUGAAGGGAGAGGGGGCGAGCGUGUCAGCAGUGCAGUGCGGGCGGCAGGGGAGGAGGAGGCCUCUCCUCUUCCACUCCUGCCCAUGCUGCCUCCAUGUCCUGCCCCCCAUAUUCCUCGCGUGUCGUGCCGGUUGUCUCUGUCUUUCCAUUCGCCCCCCAGCCUGCCCCAGUCGGUGGUGGCGGGGGUGAUGUGGUGGGCGCCGAGGCAGGACGACUUUGUGGUCCGCCACACGUGUGAGCUGCACGACCCCGUCCUGCACUCCUACUCCUGGCUGCGCCAUGAUGGCCGCCGCUACGCCCGCCAGGAGGUGAAGGACGGCCCAUUCGACCUCAGCAUGGCGUUCCUCAAGUCCUUCAACGGCAGCACGGGGUACGGGGGUGACUGGGCCGUGCGCGUGGCCGUGGACCUCAACCGUGAGAGGGUGGGCGGCGCAGUCAACGCCCAGUCAAUGCCCUUCACCUUCUUCUUCUACGUGGCGGACGAGGCGGGCGCCCCGCUGCUGGCGCUGCCCUCGCCCGCCGAGGUGGCCCGCCUCGUGCUGCACCCCGCCGCUGCCACUGGGGUGGGCGGGGGAGAGGGUGCGAGUGGCAGUGCGGGGCGAGGGGGGGCGGAGGGUGACGAGGAGUGGGUGCGAGGGGGAUUUGAGGACGAGGAGGAGGAUGAGGAGGAGGAGGAGGAGGAGGAGGCGAUGGGGGUGGGGAGAAGGUUGAGGAGUGUGGAGGGCAGUGGUUUAAGAAGGGGUGGGGCGGGACGAGGGGUUGAGAGAGGGGGAAAGAAAGGGAGGAGGCUGAUGGGCGAGGGGGGUGGGGCGGAGGAGGCGGAGGGGCGAGGGGGGCAGCGGGCAGUGGUGGUGGCGGGGGGGGUGUCGGAUGUGUUUGGGCGGUGGGAGCUGAAUGCCGUCACACAGGUAUGCCACCUGUGCACGCUGGCAGGUAUGCCACCUGUGCGCGCCGGACAGUGUGUGUGUUGCACUCACGCUCGCCGCUGCUGCUUCUCAACCCAAACCUCUUCCCUCGCCCCCCAUGCCCCCUCCUCUCCCAUCCGCAAGCAGCAGGCGGAGGGGCCGGGGGCGACAUUUGAGGCGGUGCACACGCGGCACAUGCACAACCUGUCGGACACUGUCAAGGCCGCCCUCAUCCGCCACGUACGUGCUCUCAUGCCCGCCCUGCUGCCAUCAUCUGCAUGUGCCCACAUGCACCUGAGCAUCCCGAGUUGUCAUUCCUCCGUGGCCUCCCUCUACAACAGAGCCUCCCUCUACAACAGAGCCUCCCUCUACAACAGAGCCUCCCUCUACAACAGAGUCUCCCUCUACAACAGAGCCUCCUGCUCUACCUCCUCACACCCCCCCGUCCACCCUUGCAUACUUCCCCACACCUUCCCCCUCCGGCAGUACCAAACCACGCAGCAGCCGACACUGGGCAACAAGGCACAGCCGGGCGCCAACGUGGCCAUCAUCCAGCUGACGGUGUGGCUGCCAGCGGUGGUGGACUUUGUCUUCCUCUCCGGCCUCCCCGCUGCCUCUGCUGCGCAAUCAUCGUCACAACAAGCCACCAGGCGCCUCAACCUUCUCUCAGGCCCUGCGUUGGCGCUGCGCAUGGGAGAGGCAGACGCGGCAGUGGAGCGCCGCAUGGAAGCUUCCUUCCCUGUCGUCCCUGAGCUGGCAGAGAAGAUCCCAGGAGUGGGCAACGCGGUGAAGGCAGCGCUGAGCAACCUCAUCGGCGGCAUCGGGUACUUCCACGGCCGCUCCCGCAUCGCCAUUCCGCCCCAUCUUAAGGACCCCAGUGACCCAGCGGCCUACUGGCAGUAUUGGGCAGCGGCACUGUUCACCGCCACGCCCAGCCGGCCCAUGUUCCCUCGGGGCUUCCUCUGGGACGAGGGCUUUCAUCAGCUCGUGCUCAGGCGGUGGGACGAGCGCAUGGCGAUGGACGCGGUGGGGCACUGGCUGGACCUGCUCAAUGUGGACGGCUGGAUCCCCCGAGAACAGAUCCUGGGGGAUGAGGCGCGCAGCAAGGUACCGGAGGAGUUCAUAGAGCAGCAUGUGACCAAUGGCAACCCGCCCACGCUCUUCCUGCCUCUCACUGCUCGCAGUGCUGCCACGUGUCAUCGGCUGCCAAACGGGUCGUUUGUGCCGAAGGAGAGGGGGGGAGAGGGAGCGGGGGCAGGAGGCGGGGAGGCGGAGGGGUGUGAACGGGUGUCGUUCCUGCAUGCAUGCUUGCCGCGCCUCAAGGCGUGGUUCCGCUGGUUCAACUCCUCCCAGGCCGGGAAGCUGCCUGGAAGCUACUACUGGCGGGGGCGGGAUGCCAGCACUGUGCGCGAGCUCAACCCCAAGACGUUGCAGUCGGGGCUGGACGACUACCCACGUGCGUCGCACCCGUCGGAGGACGAGCGCCAUGUGGACCUGCGCUGCUGGCUCGCCACCGCUGCUGCUGCCAUCGCCAAGAUAGGCAGCGUGGUGGGGGAGGACGUGCAGGAGUACGAGGUGACAGCCCAGCAGCUCACGGACUUCACGCGCCUCAAUGAGCUGCACUGGGACGGCAGGAGGCAGCGCUACGCCGACUACGGCAACCACACCGACAAGGUGCGGUUGGAGGCGGGGGAGGCGGUGGACCCCGUCACGUACAGCGUGCGACGGGAGCAGCGCCGCGUGGUCAAGGGCUCUCCCACACUGCGAUUCGUGCCACACUUUGGAUACGUCUCACUCUUCCCACUGCUGCUGCGCUUGAUUCCGCCUCACGCGAGUGAGUUGGGGCAGCAGCUGGAGGCGCUGCGCGAGGAGAAGCUGCUCUGGACGCCCUUCGGCCUGCGAUCCCUCGCCACCACCAGCGCGCUGUACAUGCGGCGCAACACGGAGCACGACCCGCCGUACUGGCGGGGGCCCGUGUGGAUCAACAUCAACUACCUUGCACUCUCCGCCCUGCGCUUCUACUCCACCCAGGCAGGGCCACACAGGGGCAGGGCAGCAGAGCUGUACCGGGAGCUGCGCUUCAACCUCGUCAG